ACUCUCUCUCCGCUCCCAUCUCCCCGCCAUUCGCCUUCUCGUCAGCUCCUGUUUCGCCACUCUCCCUCUCUCCCGCGCGUCGACACCGACGCAGCUCCUCCUUGCAGCAACCCUCGCAGCCCCUCUCACCCUCCGCCACCAUGGGCCGCGACUGGAUGAGCCCGGCCGAGAUGGCACGCGACCUCUUCGCGGGCCAGAUCAUGCUCGGCGCCUGCAUCGGCGCCAUGUUCAUCGAGACCAUCCACACGUUCUACUUCGACCUCGGCCUGCUGCGCCGCGCAGGCUCGUCGGGCCUGCGCUGGCCCCAGGCGGCCUACUUCCUCUGCAAGAUCGCCUGGGUGCCCAUGGUGGCCACGACGUUCGCCGUCGCCGCACCGCCCAACAAGAUGGACUGCGACUCGACGAUGAUGGCCUCCGAGGCCCUGGUGGGCAUCGUCACGACCAUGUCGUCAGCUCUGCUCGCCUUCCGUGCGCUGUGCGUGUACCAGGGCGCCGCACGCACCUGGGUCGGCCGCUUCCUCUUCGCUGCGUGGCUCGGCAUGUUCGGCAUCUGGAUGUCCGGCAUCCCCGACCUGCGCGGCGCCUGGUUCGAGGGCAUCGGCCCGGUGUGGCUCGAGAACUCGGGCGCGUGCGCCUUCCUGCCGGGCCUCGACCACAUGAAGUACGCCUCCAAGUUCCUCUACACCGUCGCCUUUGACUUUGUCGUGCUGGUUCUCACCGUCGUCGGCGUCCUGCGCAUGAAGUCGAGCAGCCGCCUGGGCCGCAUCCUCAUCGAGCAGGGCACGAUCUACUUUGUCAUCAUCCUGGUCGCCAACACGCUGCUCGUCACCCUGAACCUGCUGCAGCUCAACCCAGUGAUGUCGACAGUCAUCAACCCGCCGGUGCAGACGCUCCACGUCAUCGUCGCCACCCGCCUGUUCAUGUCGCUCAGCAAAGAGGCACGCAUCGCCGGCGUCAACUCGCAUAGCGGCUCGACGUCGACGAAGCGCCACUCGCACUCGCACCACACCGGCUCCGGCAGCGCCACGGCGCACCACCGCCAGGCCAGCAGCCUGCCCACGCACGCCUCGCAGCACGACACGCUCCACACCAACACUGCCGUCACCGCGCCAGGCAAGGACCGCAAGCGCUGCCGCGCCUGCAGCUGCGAGAAGCUCACGGCCACGAGCAGCCGUGGCAGCCACGAGCUCUCCGAGGACCUUGAGUCGCACCGCGGCGAGACGAGCCACGUGCUCGACGACGACUCGCACGUCUCGCAGGACGGCACGGCGCUCACGACGCGCGACGUGUACCCCAUGGUGCCGAGCCAGCAGUUUGUGCGCUGAGCGUACCUCUAAGCCACAGCCGAGCCUCCUCUCGCUCCUGUCGCACACGCACGCACGCCUGUGCGGACUCACGCCUCCGCCACGACCCCUCCUGUCCCGGCCUCAUGUACUGUCCGCCUCUCCUGUCCCUUCCCGCCGCUGAUACCUGUUUUGCGCCCGUCACCGAGUCUCCCCUCACACCCCACCCUCCCUUGUCCGUGUCAGUCCCACCCGUCCAUCCACUGACCGUUUCUGCGCGCCGGGCGCCGCGCCGCGAGCUGUGCAAUGCCACUCGCCACUUCUCUU